AAAGACCAUAAUAGUCUUUCUCAAAGAGACUGAGAGGGAGCUGGGAUCUGAAUCAUCUGUUCUUCCCUCUCGUCAAUUCGAUCCUUCCGCUCCUCCACCACCACCUCCGGCUUAUUAAUCUAAUAAAGUACGUGGAAAUCUGGAAUUACCCCCAUUGAAACUCAGUAAUUCCUGUCAUGUCCCUCAACAUGAAGAAAACCUUUACCGAAGCACUGGCCAAGGCGUCGGCUGUGAUCGAGAAAACCGUCCAGACUACCGUACAGGAGGUCACCGGACCACGGGCCUUGCAAGACUUUGAUCUCAUUGAUCAGAUCGGGUCAGCCGGACCUGGCCUUGUCUGGAAGCUGUACUCCGCCAAGGCCCGAGAUGGACACUCGGUUUAUCCUAAUGUAUGCGUGUGGGUUCUCGAUAAGCGUGCUCUUUCUGAAGCGAGACAGCGUUCUGGGCUCUCAAAGACGGCUGAGGAUGCUUUCCUUGAUAUGGUACGGGCAGAUGCUGCACGACUUGUUCGGUUGAGGCACCCUGGAGUGGUGCAUGUCGUUCAGGCCCUCGAUGAGACUAAGAAUUCCAUGGCGAUGGUAACUGAGCCGUUAUUUGCUUCCGCUGCAAAUGUGCUGGGAAAUAUGGAUAACAUUGAGAAAGCGUCCAAGGAGCUCAAAGGAAUAGAAAUGGGAUUGUUAGAGGUGAAACAUGGCUUGCUUCAGAUGGCAGAGACCUUGGAUUUCCUUCACAACAAUGCCCAUCUGGUUCAUCGGAGUAUAUCACCCGAGACUGUCCUCAUUACCUCAAAUGGAGCUUGGAAGCUUGCUGGGUUUGGUUUUGCAGUAACCGCUCAAUCAUCCAGUGAUCCAUCCAACAUGCAGUCAUUCCACUAUGCUGAAUAUGAUGCUGAAGACUCUAUUAUACCCCUUCAGCCAUCAUUGAACUACACUGCUCCUGAAUUGGUUCGAAGUAAGGCAAAUUCUAUUGGAUUCUCCUCUGAUAUUUUCAGUUUUGGGUGUCUUGCCUACCAUUUGAUUGCUCGAAAGCCUUUGCUCGACUGUCACAACAAUGUCAAGAUGUACAUGAAUAGUUUGAAUUACUUAUCCAGUGAGGCUUUCUCCUCCAUACCAAAAGAGCUAGUUCCUGACUUGCAAAGAAUGCUGGCUACAGACGAGGCUACUAGACCAACAUCCAUUGAUUUUACAGGUUCAUCCUUCUUUCGAGAUGACACCAGGCUGCGUGCCCUUCGCUUCCUAGAUCACAUGCUUGAAAGAGAUAACAUGCAGAAGUCUGAGUUUCUAAAAGCAUUAUCUGACAUGUGGAAAGAGUUUGAUUCUCGCGUACUUCGCUAUAAGGUUCUUCCUCCACUCUGUGCAGAACUUAGAAAUUUGGUGAUGCAACCUAUGAUACUACCUAUGGUUCUGACUAUAGCAGAAUCUCAGGACAGAAAUGAUUUUGAAGUCUCAACCCUACCGUCUCUUGUUCCUGUGCUAAGUAGUGCUUCAGGUGAGACAUUAUUGCUACUUGUGAAGCGUGCAGACCUUGUUAUCAACAAGGCCAGUCAAGAUCAUUUAGUGACGCAUGUGUUGCCAAUGCUUGUACGGGCUUACGAUGACUCUGAUCCACGCUUGCAAGAAGAAGCCCUAAAGAAGACCGUGACCCUUGCUAAGCAACUCAACUCCCAGUUGGUAAAACAAGCAGUCGUGCCUCGUGUUCAUGGGUUGGCACUUAAAACAACUGUAGCUGCUGUAAGAGUCAAUGCGUUGUUAUGCUUGAGUGAUAUGAUAAACAUGCUCGAUAAGCAAUCAGUUUUGGAUAUACUGCAGACAAUCCAACGGUGUACUGCUGUUGAUCGUUCUGCCCCAACUUUAAUGUGUACCCUUGGUGUUGCUAAUUCUAUCUUAAAACAGUGUGGAAUAGAAUUUGCAACGGAGCAUGUUCUUCCGCUUCUUGUGCCUCUACUUAUCUCCCAGCAACUAAAUGUUCAACAAUUUGCGAAAUAUAUGGCUUUUGUCAAGGAUAUUCUCAGGAAGAUAGAAGAGAAAAAAGGAGUGACACUAUCCAACUCCGAAGUUCCCGAUGCAAAACCAUCCCGUGGCAGCGUCCUUGGCCCCCAGGAGCAGUUGGGGCAAUUGAAUAAAGCCAAUCUAUCUGUUCAGUCAUUUACUACUACUGCCGUGAGACCAAGCCCUUCAUGGGAUGAAGACUGGAUUCCCUCAAGAGGACCACCUCCAGUUGCCGCCCAGCAGUCGUCAUCAUCUGUAGCCUCAUUGGCCAGCCGUCCAACUGCCCAUUUCCAGUCCACCAAUCAAAUGGCUCCUGUUGCUUCUACCACCCAACCACUUCCGUCUUCACACCCCACCGCUGAUUUGGAAUGGCCACCACAAUCUUCUCAUAAAUCUGUAGAUUCUGAUAAACAAGAAGAAAGAAAUGGAGCAGCAUCAAACGGCGGUGGCAGCUUUGAUGAUAUUGACCCCUUUUCCAACUGGCCCCCACCACGCCUUCCUAGUGGGUCAACUGUUUCUUCUGGCCCCCUCAAUGGCAGCACGAUGACCUCUUCUUUUAACUUGUAUGGUCCUAUGAACAGUACUGCAAAUAGCUCCAAUAGCUUUCAAGGGACUUCAAUGUCAAAUUUAGGUGGUGGAGCCUUUAAUUCGCGGCUUGGGGCUUCUGAGAAAGCAUCCAUGGGUGAUAUCAGUUCCAUUUUCUCCAACAAGAGUGAACAAACUGCCGCACCCAGGCUUGCCCCGCCCCCGGCUACUGCUAUUAGUAGAGGAAGAGGUAGAGGGCGGGGAAGUAGUCAGGGACAACUUGGGGCCACCAGCUCAACAUCACGGAAAUCUCAGCCAGUGCAACCAAACCUACUGGAUUUGCUCCAGUAGAAAUAACCAACAAUUGUAAGCUCAUAACUCUCUUCCUAAAAGUGAAAAAUAGUACAUAUCAAAAUUCUUGUAUGGUUUCAUCCCACGCUUAUCUGUGCCUCUGCCUUUUACCAGAAUUGAAGAUAGCCACAACAGGCUCAGCUAGUAUGUUCAUUUGAGAAUGAAAAACUUGUAGAUUAUGUAUUUAUCUUAUUGAUGAGUAGUACUUUUUAUUGAGCAUACAUGCUUUUUUUUUUGUCAUUUUGUGCGAAUUUAUUAAUAUUAUAGCUUUCCAUCAGUAGUUCACAUUUCAUAUUAUUACAGAUUAAACGUGUUGCCUCAACAGUUCAAUAUUUUUUUUUAAACUUGGCUCCCUUUUUA